UAUCACGCCUGGCCUACUGGUAAUUAACCAUGGAAAAGAUCACCUUCUACGAGGACCGGAACUACCAGGGACGGUACUAUGAGUGCGACAGUGACUCCAGCGACCUGCACACCUUCCUCAGCCGCUGUAACUCAGUCAGGGUGGAGGGGGGAUUCUGGGUGGUGUACGAAAGGCCCAACUACAUGGGCUUCCAGUAUGUGCUGACCCCUGGAGAGUACCCUGACUACCAGCGCUGGAUGGGCUUUAAUGACACCGUCAGGUCCUGUCGCAUCGUUAGAAAUGUGGGCAACUCGUGGAGAAUGAAGCUGUGGGAGAAGCCUAACUUUGAGGGCCAGAGCAUGGAGGUGGCAGACAACAUGCCCUCCUUCCAGGAGCGCUGGCACAGCCGCGAGGUGAACUCCUGCAAGGUGUUCGAAGGCGCCUGGGUUUUCUUUGAGCAUCCCAACUACAGGGGGCGCCAGUACCUGCUGGAGAGGGGAGAGUACAGACGCCACACCGAGUGGGGGGGCGUGCAAGCCAACGUAGGCUCCAUCCGCUGUGUCAGGCAGUACGGCACGUCACCACCAAGGGUUGAGGAUGUGCAUGAUUGUGUGUAAGAAGUACAAAUAAAGUUGUGUUGAAAAUCUAAAAAACUUAUUUGCAAUAUGAGUACAAUAUUCAGGCUUGAGUGAUCGA